CAGGACAGGGUCGGAAGGGGACUCCUAGCAGGGAGCUGAGCGCCCUGAACUGGGGUGCGGGCACUGGAGCAGCGGCUCUCCGCACUAACUCUCCUCGCCUCGUCAGCGGGGCCCCUGCCUCAGAGCCCGGCAACUCGCGGCCGUCGCCCGUGCAGCCCGAGUGCCCCUUGUCUCCCCUGCACGUGUCGCGCCCCGCACGCCCCGUCUGGCCGCCGCGAUGAGCGAGCUUAACACCAAAACAUCCCCGGCAACCAACCAGGCAGCUGGCCCAGAGGAAAAGGGGAGAGCUGGCAAUACCAAGAAGGCUGAGGAGGAGGAGGAGAUUGAUAUUGAUCUGACGGCACCAGAAACAGAGAAGGCUGCCCUUGCUAUUCAGGGCAAGUUCCGGCGAUUCCAGAAAAAGAAAAAGGAUCCCAGUUCCUGAAUAACCAGCCUUACCCUUCACCUUGCUCCCUUCCCUUCCCUUCUCCACAGCUCUUACUCCCAUGUAUCUUUGUCUCUUUGUCCCUCAAGCUUCUCGUUGAGGCAAGUCCAACCCUUAUACAUUAUUUUCUCUGGCCCCUCAAGCCAUCGCAGCCGCAGAGGCACAAGGAACACAGGGAAGAUGAAGAAUUCAACAGGCAGCCACUUGCUUAAGGGUGGAACGUUUUCUCCUUGGGAUACAGCUCCUUGAUCAGUACCUGUGCCUGCCUUAUGAGGUUGAAGAGGAAGAGGAUUUGAGGUUGAGAGAGGGACCCCUGACAAUGUGGGAGGGAGGGAAAAGCCUUCAGAGUAGGGUGCCCGAGGGUGGGUCAUAUGCCCUGUUCCACUGGUUACAACAUUUGCACUUCAGGUAGCAUUUUUUCCCUUCACAUCCUUCUCAUCAGGACCUCAACUUCCCUCCUAUGAGCUAACCCACCAUGGGGACUGGAGCCUCCCUUUCCCCUGGGCAGACCUAAAUCAAGCUGCUCCCAUGUUAGUGCAUGCUCAGUAGAUUAGUUCCAAGGAAGGGAGACUGGGACUGGUAGAGACAAGGAAAAGUUUCCUUCAUCGUCUAGUCUAGAACCAUAAGGGGCAGAAGUGGAAGAGGUUCAAGGGGCCACAGGCAGGGAAAUGGGAAGAUUUGGGAAGGAAAUCGCCAGUUGAUUUGGGAAGAAAAGAAAAAUGAAGGAGGAGGAGAGCUCUAAGGACACAAGUUACUGCUGGUAAAGGUGUACUAUAUGAAGGAUUCUUGGGGCUUUGUUAACCUGCCUACCUCUAACCCCUCCUGCCUAGCCACCCCCAGAGGCCACACAAACCAAGUGACCCUGGUAGUUCCCACCUGCCCCACUGUGGAGUCAGAGCAGAAGUGGAACAGCCACUCUAUGUGAUUUUAGCAUGUUUAAUAAUUAUGAAAACAAUAAACAAAAUCCUCAAAUAGG